AUGGCUCCCGCCACGGCAGGCGCCACGGCCCCCGGCCCCGCCGAGGAGACGAGCCGAGCUACGGGCGAGCGGGGGGCAGCGCCAUGGCCCCGCGGGCUGCCCGCCACCGCGCCCCGCUCCCGCACCUGCGCCCCCCACGGACCCCCGCCCCAUCACCCCUCGGCACCCCCACAGCCACUGGCCCGCUGCCCCUACGCCCAGCAUUUCCCUCCUCCGCAGCCCCCCGCCCCGCAAACCCCGCACCCCCGAGCCCCCUGCGCCCCCCGCCCCCGUCUCCUCCCACCGGGAGGCGGCGCUGCAGGCCCCGUGCCUGACGGGCCGCUCGCCCUCCCUGCGCCCGCCUCUCUAUGGUUCCCCGCUCCCCUCUGCUUCCUUUUCCGGCGCGCCCCUUCUCUUCGGGCUGCGGGCGGCAAGAUGGUCAACGUCCCGAAAACACGUCGGACCUACUGCAAGAAAUGCGGCAAGCACCAGCCGCACAAAGUCACCCAGUACAAGAAGGGGAAGGACUCUCUCUACGCCCAGGGAAAGAGGCGCUACGAUAGGAAGCAAAGCGGCUAUGGGGGCCAGACAAAGCCUAUCUUCCGUAAGAAGGCUAAGACCACAAAGAAGAUUGUGCUGAGACUGGAGUGUGUGGAGCCCAACUGCAGGUCCAAGAGGAUGCUGGCGAUUAAGAGGUGCAAGCACUUUGAACUGGGAGGAGACAAGAAGAGGAAGGGCCAGGUGAUCCAGUUCUAAGCUCCAUCCUACUUGUUGUUACGGACCUUAUUAAAGUAUUUGGAAGUGA